AUGACAUUGAUAACAUCGACGUGCGAAAGAUCCAACAAGAGUGACGACCCCAACGCGCGGGAAGAAAUUAAAUCGACACGUGUUUUCCUCUCACAAAAACAGCAAUCAGGCUUGAAAUGCCUGCCUUCAACCCAAACGUUCAGACGUGGUUCCUACGUGUCUGGCCUGAAAUAUUGCGUCCAACUGGACGCAAUAUUUCAGGCCAGACACGUAACUUCGCAGCAGUCAAAAUUUGCGUCCGUGGUAGAGAAGUUACCCGCGGAGGUAGCGGCUGAAGUAGCCGACAUAUUAACCUCUAUACCAACAGACAAGCCGUACGAGACCCUCAAACAAGCAAUCCUGCAUCGGACCGGAUUUUCGGAAGAAAGAAAAAUAAGAGAUCUCUUAACAAAUAUAACAAUCGGAAAUUCAAAACCGUCCCAGUUACUACGACGCAUGCAACAACUGUUGGGCGACAACAACAUAUCCGCCACAGUGUUUCGCCAAAUGAAUCACCAAAAAAAAAAAAACUACCUUUAUUUUGGAACAAAGAAAAAAAAUGAUCCAGUCAUUAAUUGUAUUGUAAAAUUUGGGACAAUCGUAGUGAAAUUUAAUUAA